AUGACAACGUCUUCAGAAUACUACGACGACGUCGAGUCACGCUAUUCCGUGACGUCGUCGAAACGACUUGAAACUACGCCACGUGGUGGCGCGGCGCCAAGUCUUUCUCACCCGAGAUCAAACGGCGUCGGUCAAAUACCGUAACGCCGUCGUCCCGCCCACGGCGGGAUAAAAGUCUGUGACCUGUGGCCAAAAGGCGCGUCAUUUUCUCGUCUUUCGCCACGAUGAGCACCUCCACGCCUUCGUCUUCUUCAAAGUUCAGUUCAAAGACGGCUCCGGUCAAUAUUAACGAUGGGCUCGACGUUUGCCCGGAAUCCUUGCCGUCUUUCGAGAAGAAGAGCAAAACCUUUGACAGUUUGCUGCUCGACAGCCUUGGCGGCUUUGGGAGGUUAGAAAUUUUUUUAAAUUAUACUUUCUGUAUUAUCCAUAUGCUCCUUUAAACAAAUUCAUAGUUUCCUGCAAAAAUUUCACAAAAAUUAAAUUUGAAGUUUUCUUCUUAAAAAAUUGUCGUGAUUUUCAGGUGUUUUUUAUUUAGUUAUUUGGUAAUAAAAGAUUUUCUUCACGUUACUCAAAGGGUUAUGGAAAAAUUCAUGAAGCCCUGAUUUUUUCACUAAACUGUCAAGUUAAGGGAUCCUUUGAGUGAUUAUGAAAUUUACUAUCGCUCUGAAUACUCUGAAAAUGACACUUUUUGAUCAUUUUUUAUUUACAAAACCUGGUACGAAUUCUUUCUCACUUUACUGUCAACUCAAGAGAUCCCUUAAGUGAGUAUAAUUUUUACUCUACUGAGGCUUCGACUUCUAAUUACUUUGGAAACGGCCCUUCUUGUUCAUUUUUUACUUUCAAAGUCUCAAAAAAAAAAAAAACACAUUUAAAAAUUCAGAUACCAGUUCAUUCAAUUCUUCCUCCUAUGCCUACCGACGAUUUUCGUCGCCAUGCACGUCAUGAGCUGGACCUUUAUGUCAGUCGGCUCGCCAGUCAGGUAGAAUAUCAAAAAAAAAAAAUGCGGUUGCAACGGAAAAAAUUAUUUUCAGCUGUACCCAAAUCAAAAACGAGACAGUAUGCGUAUCAUCAAAGUAUUCGGCGGCGGACAGGGUUUCUUUUUUCUUAUUUUGGUACGAAUUUUGAAAAUAAUUUCAGUGGGAAAUGAAUGGGGCGAACUCUUGGAUGAAGGCCAGCGUCCAGUCUUUCUACUUUUUCGGCCAAAUGACCGGAUCUUUUCUUUGCGGAAUUAUGGCUGACAGGUAAUUUUUUGAAGUUUCGCGAGUUUUGACGAUUUUUUGAUUGGAAGAAGCAAAAAUAUUGAUAUCUGGAGGUUGAAAGUAUUCAAAAAUAUUCCGAGAAGCGAUUGUCAAGAAUUUAUAACCGCGCAAGGCUUCACCGGGCCUUGACGUGUUAUUUAGAUGUGUGUAGAACCGACAUUGCUCUUGGAUCUUUAUUAGAGCAACUCAGCACCGCCAGUUGGUAUGCGUGCUGAGCGCAAGAGUGACAAAACAAGUAGGCGGCGUGCCAUUGGCACGCCUACAUGAUAGUACAUAUGGCAUUGAGGUCAGGUCAACUAGCGUCCUGUCACAUCCCUCCGCUCCAAGAAAGCUUCGUCCCGAAGCGGGAAUUAGUGAAACUAAGACAACUUUUGAGGACUAGGCAAUCAAGGACGGUCUAACAAAAAUACAGAUAUUAACGCAAGAGGACAAUUGCGCUCUAAAUCAGUUCUACAACACAAUUCUAAGCACUAGCAGACUCUUAUACAGCGAUUCCUACGUCACUUAUUUAUCUAGGAACCCAAUCAAAAGACAAGGUAAAGGACGUAUCCGGUCAAAGAUUGAAUGAGAAAAGGAAAUCGAAGAAAAGAGUUUUGUAAACUACAUCGGGGGGCUUACAACAAAAUAAAACGAGACAAGCACGGGAAACUCUCAACACAAUUGAACUAGCGAUUGAAGUCGUCAUCGACGAGAAAAGGGCUCACAGGCCAGGCGAUAUAUAUAUAUCACUCUACACAUCCCACCAUCCCAACCGUGUAUCGCGUACCAACAAAGGGGUCAAAAUCGCGGUGAAAAAGUUCAAAAAACUUGUCAAUGUGGAGGAGUCGACGUUACUUGUGACCGGACUCGUACGCUGCUUCACUGGAGCAGCUUCAGAAGAAAGUUGUAGCCUCGCUGGAAUCCCGAACACGAUAUGCGAAAACUGCUAGCGGAAUAGAAUAGGUCGAGUUCCCCGCAGAAGACUGUAGCUUCUGCAGGCGGCUGAUGGACGAGGUAAAACAGAUGAAAUAGGUGAAUUAGUCCAAGCAGCCGGAUUCUACGGUGGUACCUCCAUAUAACCGCGCAAGGCUUCACCGGGCCUUGACGUGUUAUUUAGAUGUGUGUAGAACCGACAUUGCUCUUGGAUCUUUAUUAGAGCAACUCAGCACCGCCAGUUGGUAUGCGUGCUGAGCGCAAGAGUGACAAAACAAGUAGGCGGCGUGCCAUUGGCACGCCUACAUGAUAGUACAUAUGGCAUUGAGGUCAGGUCAACUAGCGUCCUGUCACAAAUUUUGAAGAAAGUUUUCAUAAUUUGAAAAAAAAAAAUCAGAGUUCCAAAAUUCUUUAAAGUGCGUACAGUUUUUAAGAAUUGAUGAUUCUGUUUUUGUAAAUCUCCUUUUUAAACCCUAUUUAAAAAAAUUUUUAUUCCGAAAAAAAGGGUUUUUGGAUUUCGGCCGUUUUUUUAUAAAAUGGUCAAAAAGGUCCCUAAAGUAAUUAUGAAAUCUUUCGGUACCUUAAAAGCCUUUUUUUCGCUCAUUUCUUCUUCCAAGUAGAAAUAUUAAUCAAGAACAUAGAUUUAAAGGAUGUCAAAAGACAAGUUUUCCGAUAAUUUUCUUAAUAGUAGCGUACAAGGGGAGAAAGAAAUAUGAAAAAAUAGCGGCGUUCCAAAAUUAUAGAAAAAAAAGCCUUAUUCUGUUUCAUUUUCAAACGAAAAUUUGCAGGAUUGGCCGGAAAAAGGUCUUUUUCCUCUCCCUCGUCAUCCAAACCAGCUGCGGCCUAAUGCUGAUUGUGACGCCGUGGUGGUGGCUCUAUGCCAUUUUCAAGUAACAACGAAAAAAAAUGGAGAAGAUCUCUACAAUUCCUAACUUUUUCAGAGCCGGCACCGGCUUCACUCAGCCCGGCAUUUUCGGCAUCGCCGUUGUUCUAGGCAUGGAAUUGGUCGGAGCCCAGUACAGGAGCCUCGGAGCCAUCGUCGCCAACUUAUUCUGCACAGUUGGACAGGUAGUUUUCUUGGAAAAGGAGUAGAGAUCCAAAAUUCACUGCUUUAAAGGUGAUCUUGGCAAUUUUGGCCUACUUUAUCGACGAUUAUCGUGUUUUCCACGCCGCGAUUGCAGUUCCAUCGCUGAUUUUUCUGUCUUAUUGGUGGUAAGGGAGAGAUACGGUCACGGACGCUUUUAAAAAACGUUCAUUUUAAUUUAGAAUUUUAGACUAUUUUAAUACUCUGAAAUUAGUAAAGUUAGACGACUUCGAAUUGCUUUUCUUAGGUUCAGAUCAUUUUUUUUUUUUGGAUUUUGAACUUCAAUCUAAGCCUCAGAUCUUAGCCGAAAAAGGGGUCAUUAUAAUAAUUUCAACCAAAAUUUUGUAGAAAAAUUAAUUUUUUUACACUUCUGGGUCGCCUUUUCUCCAUGCAUUUGAAGAUCUCAGGAACUGCCAGACAUCAAAAAUUGUCCAAAAAAAAGCCAAGCUUUUGGGGGUUCCUCUAGGAAUUUUGAUGGUCCUAGUUCUUUUAAAGCGUCCGUGCCAAUGAAUCAGCCCACGCAAAAACUAAAAUCCAAAUCUUUAGGAUAAUCCGUGAGAGUGCUCGUUGGCUAGUGUCUAAGGAACGGUACGACGAAGCUCAUUUGAUUCUGAAUCGAGCCGCGAAAAUCAACAAAAAGUUCAUCCCAGCUAACUGGUACCUUUCUAUAGGAAAUUCUAGGAGAAAAAGAAAGUUUAGGAUGGAAUACAUGGGACACUCGGCUCAAAGUAAUCAGGCUUCAAAAAUUUCGAGUUUCGGCGUCUUUGAUCUCGUCCGAACGCCACAAAUGCGCCUUCGCAGUUUGACGUGUUUCUUCGUCUGGUGAGUACAAGGAUCCAGGUGAUUCCAUAAAUGAGUGAUCAUCGCGUUAAUUUGAACAUUUUCAGCUUUGGUCCUCUAAAUCUUGAAAUCCAACUGAAGAUUGUCAAAAAAAAGGUCGAAAGAAGUUAGAAUCUUUGCAAAAAACCUUAAAAUCUCGAAGCUGAAACAUUUUUAACCGAGAUGAAUUCAUUAAAAUAUUGAAAAAAAAAUUCGUUUUUCUGAGGGAAAAUCGUAUCGAAUAUGAAAAUUUUCGUUCAAUCAGUUAGAAAAUGUCUCAAAAUCAAGGUUUUAUUUCGCACUCAAAAAAGACACCUUUCUCGGCUUCUACCUUUCUCCGCUUCAAGAGAUUGAGAAAAUCCUCUAAAAAUUUGGAUUUGAAUUGAGCUAAAAUAUUUACUACAUCACCAGAAACAUGAAUUUCCGAUAAAGAAGAAAAAAGUUUGAAGGCCAGUGACGACGAUGAUGUACUACGGGCUGACGAUGAAAAGCGACCUGGGCGGCGGAAAUCUCUACGUCAACUUCGUUAUCAGCGCCGUCAUGGAGGUGCCGGCGUUGAUCGCCACGUAUCUGCUCAUCGACCGUGUCGGCCGGAAACCUCUCGUUUCUGGAGGCCUGCUGGUCGCCGGAACCGCCCUCGUCUUCAACUGGGCCGUGGGAGAUAAUGGUAAGAUCCGAAAUGAUGAAAAGAUAGGAAAGUGGUGACUCAAAGAAAGAUAAAGAUAGAAAAAUGAUGACUCAAAAGGGGAUUUACACGUAAAUUCGAAACUUAUAACCUUUUCCCGAAAAUAUGAAUGAGUGAAUACAUAAUUAUUAUUAAAACCUACGUCAAAUUCUAUCGAUUUUUCAAAUUUUCCACACCCUGAAUAAGUUCUCCUCUAGAGCUUUGUUUAAAUUUAAUUUUUUUGUUAUAAACGCCAUUUUUUUAGAAGGCGAGUAAGUAUUGAAAAAGGAAAUAAUUGACUUAAAAAAACUGUAAAAAAAUAAUUUAUUAAAAAGUUUUUGAGGUCUUUCGAAGGAUUAUGAAAAAAACCUUUCAGGGUGUACUUUCGAGAUUCCUAGGAUUUUUUUAAUUUGUAAAAAGUUUUUUUGCAUAACCGAAGGAAAAAUGAGGACAAGGGAGGAGUACGUUUUAUUCGAGUAUAAAAUAGUGUUCAAAAUGUUGAUGUUCGAUGCAAGGCCUCUGGAACCUAUUUUGAAGUGAGAAGUCAGAAAAAAUGUUGCAAUUGGGCCGUAGGACCAUGCUUUCAACUUGAUCAGCUACAAGUUUGACUUCUAGUUCGCCAAAAGCAGGUAUUCGAAAUAUUUUUUCAAAAGUUCUCCUAGUCGGUUGCAUGUAUGAGUAAAACACCAGAAUAAAUUAUUGGCAAACCCUUUUGAAUUUUGGCAGUUAUUUGUUGCUAAUAAUCCUGGAUUUCAGUCUCCUACGUGUUCGGAAUGAGCCAAAUGAUGGUAACGAAAGGCGCGGUGACGCUGGCGUACACCGCCAUGUACACCUACACGUCGGAGCUUUUCCCGACGGUGAUCAGGAACACGGCCGUCGGCUGCUGUUCCACGGUUUCCCGUGUUGGAGCCAUCACCUCCUCCUACAUUGCUCUCUACCUUGUUAGUUCACUGAUUAUCUAUUUCGAACGUCGUUCAGUUGAUUUCAAUUCAUCUACACCCAAAAAAAAAAUUUUGAAUUUCAGAUUAAAAAGUCGAAAAAACCUGGAAGUGAAAUUCGUAGUUCAGUUUGUAAUCUUUAUGCCGUGUUCAAAGUAAUUUCGGCGGUUUCAAAAUAGACGCGUUAUUCGUUUAAAAUUAAUUCACGAAAUAGGCAGAAUUGCUAUUCCGAGAAUGGCAAGAAAAAAUGAAUCCUACAACGAUAUAUCGUUAAAUAUGCAUUUUUACCGUAAUUUCUUCGCGGGAACUCAAAAUUUUGGAAUUAUUUGGGCAUUUUCUACUGAAAUUUCAAAUUCGCGCGUAAAACUCACCAUAAAAAUGCGUAUCCAACGAUAUAUCGUUGUAGGACUCACCUUUCCAGAAUACCAACUUCGCCUAUUUCCCGAAAUCAUUAUAAACGAAUAACGCGUUUAUUUUGAAAUCGCCGAAAUUACUUUGAACACGGCAUUAGAAAAUUUUGCCAGCUCCAACAAUAGUUUGAAGUGAAAAAAACCUCUAAAAGGUUUGAAAAAUCAGAAAGAUUUUUUUCCUCAAAGUCAAAAAGUUCCUCUCGUUUUCCAAAAAAAAAAAAAUUUUCUGAAAGUUUCCUCUCCUUAAGAUCUGCUUAGAGGAGAUUUUCAGAUUGUAGUCCACAAGUUCGAAAAAUAUCUCAAACUGAGAUUUAAGGGGUCAAAAAAUUUCAAAAAGGUUUUAAGAAUCAGGGAAAUUUUCUCUUUUUUCUUUUAGGAUCAACAAGCUUUUCCCUAAUUUUUUCGGAAAAAUGCCGCUUUUUAAAAAAAUUUGGCCUUCUUUUUUAAAUUCUGCUGGAAAAGUCUUUUGAGGUGGAAAAAAUAGCCACGAAAGGCUUCGGGAAGGAAAAAACUUUUGCAAUAAAAAAAAAGCUAUGAAAAGGCUUUGGGAAGGUCGCAGAGUCUCUACCAGCAAAAUUGCUAACUUUUUGGCCUCAAAUCUACUGAAACUUGAUGAUAAAUCACAUUAUUUUCCAGGUAGAACGAUACGGAAAGCUGACGAUGGUGGUCCCCUUCGCCGUGUUGGCCAUCGCCGCCGCCGUCUUUUCCUGGAUCCUGCUCCCAGAAACCAUGAACAAGGAGAUGCCCGAGACGAUCUCCCAAGUCGAGAAUCAAGAGAAGAUCUAG